UUGAGGUUGAAGCAGUGAAGCACCACAAAACGCACAAUACACGCACCUCUACAGCUUAGACAAAGAUAAAGUCCGUCCAAAGUCCACCUCGAGACCAUCGACGUCUGGUAAAAUGUCGAACAUCAUUCCAAUCACCACUCCCCUGCGAGAGUUUAAAGGCCAUGAAGGAGGCAUAAAUGCAGUUGCAGUUUUCCCCGAUAAACGACGGAUGGUUACGGGCUCGGCCGACAAGACGCUUUGUCUGUGGGAUUUGAAGACAGGUGUUGUGUUGAAGAAGAUGGAAGGGCAUCACAAUGGGGUGACGAGAUUGGCAGUAUCACGAGAUGGACAAUUGAUAGCAAGCGGUGAUAAAAGCGGAGAGGUCAUUAUUUGGUACGGAGCAACUGGCGAACCAUUCACCAAAAUCGAAGCACACUACAAUCCGAUCAUCUCGCUGGAUUUUUCUCCCGAUGGGACACUGCUGGCCAGGGCCACUGUUUCAUAUGACAAAACGACGAAACUGUGGGAUACCAAAACCUGGGAGGUACAAGAAUAUCCAAUCGAGUGUGGUGCAUGUGUCAAAUGCGUACGAUAUUCACCGUCUGGAGAACUUCUUGCCAUCGCGACAGACAACAAUAUUGAAAUUUACAAUUCAGGCACAAUGCAGUGUGUCGCAAAAUUCAAGGGUCACAAGUCAUGGAACUUGUCACUGGCGUGGACGCCCGAUGGCACACGCCUUCUCACAGGCGGCAGUAAGGACGAUCCUACCAUACGCGAAUGGAAUACAACAACAUGGGAGCAAGUCGGUGAUCCCUGGAUGGGCCACAUUGAGCAAAUCAAUGCCAUUGCCAUUCAUCCUGCUGGCACGCUCGCCGCCUCCACAUCUACUGACAAACGCAUCCGUCUCUGGCGGAUGUCAGAUCGGCAAACCAUUGCCGUCUUCAAGAACUCAUUCGACGGGAUGUGCAUCACUUUCUCCGUGGACGGCAACCACAUCCUCAGCGGAGGCACCGAUAAGAUGAUCUCAGAGUGGGCAGUACCUCAGGGUACUCAUCCAAAGACUAUCGCCAUUACUACCGAUGCGAACAACCAUACUCCCCACGCCCAUCGCUCAAAGAUCCUUGUCAUCACGACCUCCCGUAUUGCAUGUGUAAACGGAGAUUUAUCUACCGCCGAAGACCUACUCACCCAAGAUAUCAACACCAAUCCAAACAACCAUACUUCCUAUGCUCAUCGCUCAUUCGUUAUGGCGCGAAAACACGACUGGGACCAUGCCCUUCGGGAUGCAAUGAACUCCAUCAACAUUGAGCCCUCAUUGACAGGCUACAUCUCCAAGGGCAUUGCCCUCUGCGGAACAGGCCGCAUCCCAGAUGCGAGGGCAGCAUUUGACGUUGCAUCGAUGUACACGGACCAAGACUCAGAAAUCCUCCAUUUUCUGCUCUUGAUCAAAGCCAUCGCGUUCUUCAAUGCAGAUCAACAUGACGAGGCAAACCUGCUCCUCAAAGAACUCAUCACUGGUUGUCCGAAUGCCGAUACUCGCGCAUGUUGUAUUGUGGAAGCAUAUCUUCGUGUUCAACUUGGACUCGAAGCCUUGGAUGGCGCACGUCACGACGAAGCCGCUGUUCAUUUCACUGCCGCUAUCGACUGCAGCAAUUUACCGUCGAAAUCAGACAUUGAUGAAAUUUACGAGGAUUUGGUGGUGCUCUUCGGCUGGGAUCUUAAAUCGUUGUGGUUGACUGCACACCAGAAACGCUGCGAUGCACUCCUUCUGGCAGGUAAACUUCAAGAUGCCGUGAGAUCAUACCGAUACAUGAUGGACAGUAUCGACGAAACAACGAGGGCCAUCUGCCUUGAAUGGUCCAACGCUUUUACGGAAAAAUGCAGCGCGCCCCUUCUUACCGACGGAGAUGCUGCCCUCACUGCAAGCGAUUUUGAUCGGGCGAUUGAUUUGUACUCGGCGGUGAUCAACCUGGAUUUUGCAUCCGAUGUCGUCUUUGAAAAUCGCAGCAGGGCAAAGUUGGCAAAAAUGCUUUGGACAGAAGCACUUCUCGAUGCGCAAAAGGUCAUGGAACUCAAUCCUUCGUCUCAUGUUGGAUACAAGUUGAUGCAUACAGCGCUGCGUGGGGCGCAACGUUACGACGAAGCCAUCGAGGCCUUCAAAAUCAUGUUGUCCAAGUUGGACCAUUCUCCCGAAGCUCAGAUACGAGAUCUGCGUCAGCAGUAUGUCUCUCCAUCAGAAGCGGAAGACGCCAUUCAAAGAGUUGUUUGGAUUGAACUCGAAUAUGCCCCGCUACGUCUAUUGAAUACCUCCACGGGUCUUUUGUGCGAUAGAGUGGCACAAAUAAACACCUUCAAAACGAGUGCAGAGUACAACGAGCUUGUCUCAUUUCCAACGAAGGAUUCGAAUAUCCGAGCAGAGCGCAUCAAAGAUGUAGUGGCAACGUACUUCCGUUGCGUCUUACUAUCACACAGGUGGGAGGAGAUGGAGGCGCUACUGCAAGACAUCCAAGAUAAAGAUGUGCGUGAGUUGAAGGGACUUGCUGGGAUCGCAAAACUGCAGUCGUUCUGCAAUGUCGCUCGUGAUGCCGGAUAUCGCUGGGCUUGGAUGGACACAUGCUGCAUCGAUAAGAAGAGCAACACCGAGCUUCAAGAAUCGGUCAACUCCAUGUUCGUCUGGUACCGCCAUUCAGCGCUCACUGUUGUAUACCUAUCCGAUGUGCCUCCUUCAUCCCAACCCGGUGCACUGGCGAGAAGUGUCUGGAACGAACGAGGAUGGACCUUUCAAGAGUUCGUCGCUCCAAAAGUUGUAAUAUUCUAUCAGAAUGAUUGGUCAUUAUAUCUUGACGAUCGCUCUCCCAACCACAAGGAGUCCCCUGCAAUUAUGAAGGAGUUGGAGGAUGCGACGGGAAUAGACGCACGGGCUCUGAUCUCCUUUCGUCCUGGGAUGAGCAACGCCCGACAGAGACUUCAAUGGGCGUCAUCUCGCGUCACGACAUUGCAAGAAGACAUCGCGUACUCAUUGUUUGGUAUCUUCGGUGUCCACCUACCUGUCAUGUAUGGCGAGAAGAAGCAGAACGCGCUCGGGCGGCUCCUGCAGGAGAUCGUGGCUCGGUCGGGAGACAUCACGGUCCUCGACUGGAUCGGACAACCUUCCGAGUUCAACAGCUGCCUUCCAGCCUAUAUUACUUCUUACGCCACUUCCCCACGCACCCUUCCAUCCUUGUCCGAAGAUCAGAUCCAGAAAAGUAUUUCUUUGCUGCGACAAAAUCCCAUGGCUGUGAAUUUUGCUUCGGAACUUUACGACCGGCUUGAUAACACGAGCGCUGCUGGUUUCGCGAACUGCAGACUGCACCUGCCUUGCAUGGCAUUCCACGUUACAGAAGUCAGUCUGAGCUACGGUACAUCCCAGGAGACUCGAUAUGAAGUCAAGGCGGACGGGCUUCAUGACCUGCUGAUCAAUGCCACAGAGCCAAUUGUUCAGUUCUCGCGGAUAAGGCCCACUCAGCAAACCUUGGUGCUUGUCCGUCCCUGGGAUCGAUCUCUCCUAGAUCUACCAGACGAUACGGAGAGCGAAGGGGAUUAUUGGACGCCGCCUUCAUCUCCACCAGACGACUCACCUAGCCGUUCUUUUGUAAAACAGGAGGUGGAUGAUCUAGAAUUGCGAGCCUUGCGGUUGGUUGUUCGCCUUGAGCAGCCUUUUGGCGCAUUUUUGCUAGCUCGGCAACGUGGCGGAGAAUAUAAAAGGGUCGCGUCGGAUCGUGACAUCAUUGCGCAGGUCAAAGAUGUGGCUUCUGUCCGAGACCUGAUGGACGUCAGGACGAUUGACAUACUGUAGAUGCAUCUCCCUUUGAAAACUAGGGAUCUAAGCGGUUCCAUCGGUACUUUCAUAUAUAUCAUACUACAUGCAUGUAUAUUGGACUAUAGUUUCCUUUCAAAGCAAACCGGCCUGGAGAUCUAUCUGCAGCAUUUCCACGUCCGAUACCACUAGACUAAUGUCUCAUGCUCAUCACCUACCUGCAUGCAUAUU